UUAAAAACAAUAAUGUUGAGUUAAAAUAAAUUGGUUGCCUAAACGAUGCUUUGUCAUGUAUUAAUACUCAUACAAAAGCAUUUGAACCUUCUCGUGACCUAUUCCAUAUUUACAGGAUGUUACUCACUUAUUCGAUGGGGAAGAAACGAAUUUUAUCGCCUUAAAAACAUUUAUGUUGACGUCUUAUCAGCAUACAGGAUUAGAGAUGACCCCAGAUCUGAAAAAUCGAAAAUAUUUCCUUCCUAUUCCACAACUUGGUCUCAAUAUGCCUUUUCAUUGAACAAAGACGAUCUAAGGAAAAUUGUUGGUAUGCUUACUGGACACUGCUCAGUGAACUACCAUCUGAUGGAAAUCGGAGAAUCUCCUGACACCUUUUGUUGUUUCCGUAAGAAACCAAAGGAAACCGCCGAACACCUUCUUUGUGAAUGUGAGGCAAUCCAUAAACAAAGACUACAUUCAAGCUUUUUAAUGCCAGAAGAGGUAAGCCGCAUAGCCUCCACUUGUUACCUGACUGGUAAACAGUCCAGGUACAUAAGAGAUCAAUAUGUCAUUGUGUUAACGAGGUAGAUUCACAACCUUAGAGAUAUGAACUACCACUACAAUAGCUUAUGGGAAAAGAUAUACCAGAAUAGGAUCAAACACAAUAUUAUUUCCUCUAUUGUUAUUUAUAGGAUAAUGAAAAUUAUUGAGUACUUGGAAGAUAUAAGCGAUAAGAUAAAUGUGAUUAAGAAGUAGUCCAAGUGCCCAUAUUGCUUGAGAACUACGAGGUCCAAAUCAUCACCUUACUGAUUUGUAUAGAAUAAAAAGUGAGAACUAUUUUUCAUUUUUCGAAAUAUAUGAAGGUAGGAAAAUCCCCAAUUAACAAUUGAAUUGGAUAAAAAAUAUCAAUAAUUACAAAAAAAAAUUAAGUAGUAACUGCCACAUUGCAAUAGUAAUAUAAAAACAUAAUUUUUCUUGACAUUAAUUAUUUUUCACUAUAUAAUUUUUAUGCAACUUUUAUUGCAAUUGAAUAAAUAUGCAGGUUAGAGGAAAUAAUGUCAUGCAGAAAUACUUGAGGACAUAAUUAGAGAGUAAUUUUAAAACUAAUGUAUUAAAAAGAGAAAAAAAGGUUACAGUGGUGUAGAAUUUCAAUAGUUUCAAAAAGAAACCAACAAAAGGAUCGUAUCGUGUGGUCGUAGUGCGUAGUGUCUUUCGACGAAUUUAUUCUAUUUGAUAAUUUCUUAUUUUUAACACAGAGAAGAAAAAGCUUUUAUGAUUUAAUUUCAUUAGGCAGGCAUUUAUAAUUAAGAAAUAG